AUGAGUCUGAGUCGUACCAAGCGAAUCAGCUCCAGCAACUCCGUCCGGAGCAGCAGCGGGUCGAGGAGGCUGAGUGGCUUCGGCCCAGUUCAGGGGGGUUUCAGUGGCAUCUCCCUGAGCAGCAGCUCUCUGUACGCGGGGACCAACGGGCAUCACCCCGGCCAUGGCGCCCCGCUGGCGUCCCUGUCGGUCAACAAGAGCCUGCUGGCCCCCCUCAACCUGGAGAUCGACCCCAGCCUGUCCAUGAGCCGAACCCACGAGAAGGAGCAGAUCAAGAGCCUCAACAACCGCUUCGCAAGCUUCAUAGAUAAGGUACGUUUCCUGGAGCAGCAGAAUAAGAUGCUCGAGACCAAACUGGAGCUGCUGCAGGGUCAGGGCGUGGGCCGGUCCAACGUGGAGCCCCUGUUCGAGGCCUACAUGGCGGGUUUGCGGCGCCAGAUGGACCUGGUCAACAACGACAAGACCAAACUGGACGGGGAGCUGAGGAACAUGCAGGGCCUGGUGGAAGACUACAAACACAAAUAUGAGGAUGAAAUUAACAAGAGAAACAACCUGGAGAACGACUUUGUUAUCCUAAAAAAGGAUGUAGACUCAGCCUAUCUAGUGAAGGCAGAUCUGGAGGACAAGGUCGGAGCUCUGACUGAUGAAAUCAACUUCCUGCGAAACAUCUAUGAGGAGCCAGCUCUCCACGCUCCGCCGCCUCACCCAGCUGGUGUCAUCCAGAAUGCCACAGAGAGGAAGGCCCCGGACUAG